AGUGCAAAGAAACAAAACAAAUAAAAGAAAAACGAAAGCAGAUCUAUGGGCAUUUUAUUGCCACCUGUCUCACAGGUGACAAACACACGCAUUAAUCUUACGCAGCAUCAUCGAAAUCGCAGUUUAGACAGCGCAUUGCAGAGAAUACCAGAGGUUGAAGUCUCAUCACCUAAUGCUGAAAGCGAGAAUACAUUUUGCACACCAUCAAUACUUGGUACAACGAUGUGCUCGAAAAUAGUUACCACCGCAGCGAAUGUAACGGCAGCAUUAACCACAACCACAACUCCAGCGCUGACAUCAUCAUCCACAACAGCAGCGGAUACAACUGCAAUUGGUAUUGUAUCAACCACAGAACCCACUGUUACCACAACAGGACCAACACCAUCAUCAUCAUUAUUAUUAUCACCACCACCACCAUCCGCACCAUCAGCAUCAUCAUCAUCAUCGCCUUCUACAUUAUCAUCCAUACAUCAUGUUACAAAUCUCAGUGUAAUUGUCGAACCGACCUGCCCCGCAAUGCGUACACGACCCAAAUCAAGUGAGAAUCCUUCGCGCAGCAACAGUAAUAAUACUUGCAAUAUUGUCAGCAACAGCAGUGCCAACAGCAGUAAUAAUAUGAAUAGCAACAAUGGCAAUGGCAAUAGCAAGAAACGUGAGGAUCUCACCAGUCUUGGUUCAGAUGAUUCAGGCAUAAUUUGUGGUUCUGAUUCUGACCAAAUUUCACUUAACCGUAUACGACACUCGCAUGAAUCUUUAGAUUCUGGUGAAAUGGAUGCAGAGGAAGAAUGCAUUGAUAUGCUAGAAACAACAUCGAUGGAUGAAGAAUAUGGCAUUCUUCAGUCGGACCUGUGCUUUUAUCAGUCGCCUGAUACAGAUUGUCGUACUCUGAGACCAACACGUAAACAGAAACAACAAAAACAAAAUAAUAUUGAUAAUGAUGUUGCCGCUGGUGGUGACAAUAAUACCACUAAAGAACUUAAUGAGCGUAUACGUUACAGAGAGAUGAAUAUGUCUCAAGCAGCUAUAAAUUUGGAGCGUAAAAUUGGUGAUCCAAUUAUCGACGCUGAAGCUGAGACACCUACUGCUGACGUGGUAGAUGCAAGUGCAGCUACACCAACGGCAAACUUACCAUUAUCUUUAGUAGCAUCACCUACUAACGCUUUACCCGGUAAACCACUAAAAACUGGAGAUGCGUCAACAAAUGAAUCAACAAAGAAUGAUGUGCUCUUCAAGAACUUCUUUGGUGCCACUAAAAAUGCUAUAUUCCGCACCGCACAAAGCAUUAUAGAAAAUCAUGAAAAAAAGAAUGCAGCAAAAAAUAAAACAGAAGAGGGCAAUACUACACAAGAUCAAGUAAAGUCGCCUACUGACAUUUCAAAGAAGAAAGAAUUUUUUGGUCUUAUUACUUCAAGUGCAAGUAAAAAGGCUGCUGCGGCCGCUGCCGCUGCUGCAGCAGCUGCAUCGGCAUCUGCCACAAAUACACCAGCCACAACACCUUCUAUUGAAUUGCCAGCAGAUGUCAAAUCUUUAAUUCCUGAAACGGAAAAGAAUUCAGAGAAUACUGAAAAAACUAUACACCUCAACUUGCCAGGUGCUUCCGCAUCUAACACAUCUUCGAUUUCGAAAUCAUCUUCCAUUUCAUCACUAAAUAAACUAAAAGUGCCUGGUAUGGUUAAGUGCUUCAUUAAGGAGCGUCCCCACGUCAGUGACACACAACAAAAGACUGAAAAGGGUCCCAGCGGUUUGCUGAGAUUUUUCGAAUCUCCCGUCUUCAAUAUACACUUUGCUGUACACUAUCUAUUUUAUUCUAAAGAACCUGGUGUACUAAGUUUUAUUGGUAAUAAAAUAUUCAAUUUUCCCGAUCAAGAAGUUGAUUUGUACAUACCACAAUUAAUUGUUAUGUAUAUACAAAUGGAUGAGUUGGCAGAAGUUUUAGAUCCAUAUUUAACUAUACGUUGUCGUAAAUCUGUAGAUUUUUCAUUGAAAUGUUUAUGGUUACUGGAAGCUUAUAAUUAUCAAAUAGAUGUGCUAAGCAAUUCGGGACGUAAAUCACAAUUAGCACUAAUGAAAGAAAUAUUUUCACGGAAGGAACGUAAAAUCCUUAAUAAAAAUGAUAAUAAAGAUGUUACCAAUACAUCAGCAGUGGCUGCUGUGGCUGUAUCCCCAUUAACUAAGAAAACUCACCACCGCUCGCAAUCGGACGCAACUGUGCUAUUGUCUGAUUCACGUCGACAUCCAAUGUCUAGCACUUUAAGCAUAUCGAAUCGCUUGUACCAGCAACCUCCCUAUACAACACAAACACUCCAAGUAACACCAGCUAAACUAUGUCUCGGUGAUUUGACCUCUGGGCGUGCUUUUGAUAACGGAUGCACUUGCUUUGAAUCAGUCCGCGGACAGGUUAAUGGACUGCUUGGUCAAAAGACUGUUUGUUCCUGUGGGGCUCCAAAAACAGCACCACAAAAGGAAUUCAUGAAGGCGCUUAUUAAUGUAGGCAAAAAUCUCACUUCCUUACCUUCCAAAGCUGAAAAAACAUCCGCUUUACGUAUGUUUUUAAAUUUAAUAAAUAAAAAUUUGCCUGCACGAGUUUGGCUUCCACUCUACUCGGACAUUCCGCACCAUGUUGUGCGUAUAACAGAGGAAAAGACUGCUGUUUUAAAUUCAAAAGAUAAAACUCCAUAUAUUAUUUAUGUGGAAGUUGUUGAAGUGCCAGAUAUUUAUACUUCACCAUUAAUACCGAAAAUGAUGCCAUCAUUACGACACACAAAGAGCGAAGAGCAUUUGGAAGGUAUGUGUUGCGGGCAAAUACAUCAUGUAAAUUGCAGCCGCACGUCUAGCUGUAGCAGUCAUAGUACAGGUGGUAGCUCUAGUGCUCGACGAAAAAAGGAAAAACUUAUCUCUGAAUCAUCGUCAAUAGCUUCAGAAGCACAUGGUACGGCGCAAAUACCAACAGAUGGGCAACAAAAUUGCUGUAAUGCUAAUAUGUCAUUGGGAGGCUUAUGUGUAGCGGAGGAUGAUGUAUGGUCGCAGGAAGAUGAUGAUAUAACUGCACAAUACAUGAAUUUACAUAAGAUUAGUGAAAGAGAUGCCAUAUCGCAAAUGUCGUUGGACUCUUGUGAUUCGAGGGAUCAAGGUACUCCAGUACUUUUUAACAUUGGUGAUGUACGUACCAGACAUUGUAACAAUUUAAAUUGUGAAAAUACGAAAUCAUUUUGUAAUGAUCCAGAAGAUCCUUCUGCUGCUGCUUUAAAGGAACCUUGGCAUGAAAAAGAAAAGCAAAUACGUGAUUCCUCUCCUUACGGACAUUUAUCAAAUUGGCGCUUGCUUUCAGCUAUUGUAAAGUGCGGAGACGACUUACGACAGGAACUGAUGGCUACUCAAUUACUGCAGAUGUUCAAAAUAAUUUGGCAAGAGGAAAACGUUGAUCUUUGGGUUCGUCCAUAUAAAAUCGUUUGUCUCUCCAAUGAUAGUGGUCUUAUAGAACCCAUUUUAAAUACCGUUUCAUUGCAUCAAAUCAAGAAAAACUCCAACAAGUCCUUACGAGACUACUUUAUCGAUGAGUAUGGUGCUGCUGACAGUGAUAUAUUCCGUUUAGCCCAAAAGAAUUUUGUACAAAGCUGUGCAGCUUACUGUCUUAUAUCAUAUUUACUGCAAGUUAAAGAUCGCCACAAUGGCAAUAUACUUCUACAUUCGGAUGGUCAUAUAAUUCACAUUGAUUUUGGAUUUAUAUUGAGUAUAUCACCCAAGAAUUUAGGUUUUGAGCAGUCGCCUUUUAAGUUGACCCCUGAAUUUGUGGAUGUUAUGGGUGGUACUGAGUCUGAACAUUGGAGAGAAUUUAAACAUUUGUUGCUUGUAGGAAUGAUGUCAGCACGAAAACAUAUGGAUCGCAUAAUAAAUUUCGUAGAAAUUAUGCGUAGCAAUGCUCAAUUGCCAUGCUUUAAAAAUGGUUGUUCUGGUACUGUACAAAAUCUUCGUAAACGUUUCCAUAUGAACUUAACUGAACAGGAAAUGGAGCGGAAAGUUGAGCAAUUAGUACAAGAUUCACUAAAAAGCCUUUCAACAAAAUUGUACGAUGGGUAUCAGUACUACACGAAUGGAAUAUUGUGAGAAAGGUUUUUUAUGAAAAUUUAAAAACUCAAUAAUUCAGUUAUUAAAACUCCAUUGAACUGUCAAAAAAAAAUGUGAAAACUGUAUCACGUAUCACUCAGCCAAAUGCAAAAGCAAUAAUAUAUGUUUAUCCAAUGAUAUCAUGCUGUAGUAGUAACAGUUUAAUUCACUACAAAAUGUAUGAUAGAAUAAUUUUGUAUUUUAAUGUGUAAUUUUCUUAUUAGAAAAAAUUGUUAAUCAUAUAAAUUAGUGCUUGUUGUUGUAAAUAUAUCUCAAUAGUAUAUAUGUGUGUUUGCUUGAUUUUUUGUCAGUAUGUUUGUGCAGGCAUGUCUAAUUAAAUAAUAUGCUUUUAAUAUUUUUAUAUACGUAUAUGAUCUUACAUAUAUAUAAAUCUAUAUAUAUAUAUAUAUCCGCUACUGUAACUUAUUUUCUUAUAUUAUAAAAUAAUUUUUAAUUUCUAUUGUUAGUUAUGAAUAUCACUUAAUGAAAUAUAGACGCAUUUGUCGUAAAUGGUGCGCAUGCGUGCGUACUGAGAAAACUGCUAAUUAUAGUUUCAUAUAUUGCUAGAAAAAUUUAUAUAAUAAAUAUAUAAAAUUAUUUUAAGAAUUAUAUUUUUAGUUAGAAUUCUUUACGCGAAAUAAACAGUAACUGUACUAUGAUGUAACGUCACCAGGCGUUAAACGUUUUUAAGCCUAAUUAUUUAUUUGAAAUAUUCAUAAUAUUAUCUGCUCUCGAUAUCCAAAUAUUCACUUCUAAAUUCAGAUAAAAACUUUAAGUAAUACUUAACCAUAAAUUUUUAUAAU